GGGGAGGACCCUCAACCUCGGAACUAUUUGACGACCUCUUCGUCUGUUUUAUGGCGAUCUUCUGUUUAUUACUUCUAUGGAGGACAUGAAACUUCAAUGCAGACCUUUAAGGAUUACUUUUGCAUUCUUUUUUGCCGAUUAAACUUUCAAGUUGACUUUUUUUGUGUGCAGAAAGUGGACGUCUUCGUGGUGGAGAACUUGUGGACUAAGGCGGCGUUUUGACGUGGAGCUAAGCUAUGGAUUUUUAAACUAUCUUCUCUUUUCUUUAGGGGCCAGUUGCUUGGGUUUUCAUGUAAGGAGACGAGCUGCACUUUUGUGUCCCCGCCACAAUCCCUGCCUUGCUGGAGAAUCAUUCCUUUGUUUCCUCCACUGAUCGAUGAUGAUGUCAAAGCAAGAACCCUGGACUCAAAUCCGGAUCACUUCGGUCUUUGUGAUGAUUAUGGUCCUUGGCAGCUACGCAGCAGAUGUCCCCGCGGAGGAGGGCUUCAAUGCAGAGGCAUGGCUACGUCAGUUUGGCUACCUGUCUCAGGCCAGCAGACAGAUGUCCACCAUGCAGUCCGCUCAGAUCCUGUCCCAAGCUGUCAGUGACAUGCAGCGUUUCUACGGCUUGGAGGUGACUGGGAAGACGGACGCUGCCACCAUCAGAGCCAUGCGUCGACCUCGCUGUGGCCUCCCUGACAAAAAAGCCGACACUGAAGAUGCAGCGAGGAGGCGACGCUACGCCCUCACUGGACAACGGUGGGACAAGGACCACCUCACCUACAGCAUAUUGGAGCAGCACAUCCCGCCCUCCCUGGGAGCAGGGCGGAUGCACGAUGCCAUCGGUCGAGCCUUUGACGUGUGGAGAAAGGUCACGCCGCUCACCUUCCAAAAGUUAACGGCUCCACAAGGCAACAGCAGCGGGGCUGAGCUCGCCGACAUCCUGCUGUUGUUUGCCUCUGGUUUCCAUGGUGACAUGUCCUUGUUUGACGGCGAGGGGGGCGCGCUGGCCCACGCCUUCUACCCUGGGCCGGGAAUGGGUGGGGACACACACUUUGAUGCAGACGAACCUUGGACUUUGGACAGUCCAAACUUUCAAGGUGUUGAUCUCUUCUUGGUGGCGGUGCACGAGCUCGGUCACGCUUUAGGCCUGGAGCACUCGGACAAUCCCGACGCCGUUAUGGCUCCCUUCUAUCAGUGGAUUCACACACACAACUUCACGCUGCAUGCUGAUGACAUCCAGGGAAUACAGUACAUAUAUGGUCCUCCUCUCGCCACUCAGGCCCCUCCCAAGUCUCCUCCGUCCUCCGAUGGCUAUCCUGAAGCUGAGUCAACCACCGCUCCUCCCGAGGAUGCCAAACCUGACAUACCGAACCCGACCGAAAGAGCCCCGCGUGUCCCGAGCCAGCCUGAAAUAACCCCUGGCACGACUCCCCGCCAUCCCGACAUCGUCACAACCGCCCGUCCUGAUCCUGUCACCCCGCCCAUCAGAAAAGACGUUCCCCUUCCUCCGCCUACCCGGCGGCUUCCCAAGCAGCCUGACAACGCGGCCCCUGACAUCUGUGACGGCGACUUUGACACCGUCACCUUGCUGAGGGGAGAGAUGUUUGUGUUCAAGGGUCGCUGGUUUUGGCGAGUUCGUCGGAACCGCGUCCUGGACAACUAUCCCAUGCCGAUAUCGGUCUUCUGGGGUGGUCUUCCGAGUGAUAUCGACGCCGCUUAUGAACGCCACGAUGGCAAAUUUGUCUUCUUCAAAGAUGAUCGAUACUGGAUCUUCAGGGAAGCGGAUUUACUUCCAGGAUACCCACAACCCAUUGGGCAAUAUGGCCAAGGAGUUCCCGCACACAGCAUCGACACAGCAAUCUGGUGGGAGCCAAACGGACACACCUACUUUUUCUCCGACGACAGGUACUGGCGAUACAACGAGGAGACCCGCAAGGCAGAUCGAGACUUCCCAAAACCAAUCGGCAGAUGGGGCAAGAUCCCUCACUCGCCCAAAGGAGCCUUCCUCAGUGAUGAUGGCGCUUACACUUAUUUCUACAAAGGCGCAAAUUACUGGCGGUUCGACAACCACAAGACCGCGGCAGACAGCGGCUACCCUCGCUCCAUCCUUAAGGACUUCAUGGGCUGCGUGGCCGUCCCCGAGCCUCAACCAGACCCCGAGGCCGAAGACAAGCCCACCGAACCUUCGGACGGAGGAAAGGAUGAGAAGAAAGACGCGGACAAAGGCAAGGACAAAGACACGGAAAACGACGACGAAGCAAAGUCCGACAGUCCGGGGGUAGGGACGGACGACAACAACGAGGUGGACGUGGUGGUGACGGUGGCCGACGACAACUCCAAAGUCAUGACUCUGAUCAUGGUGGUGGCUCCUCUGGUGCUCAUCUUGGUCAUCCUCGUCUUCAUCUACGCCAUCCUCAGGACUCUGCAGAACAAGGAGACCCCCAGAGCUCUGGUGCACUGCAAGCGCUCGCUGCAGAACUGGGUGUGACACCAACACAAACCGUAAGAGCUUUUUUUGUUAUUCCAGCAUGGCGUGAAGAUGGUUGUAGCCAUGCGACCUACCAAGUGGUUACCACGGUGCCUCUGGAGUCCUUUUUCCAGUGCUGCACUAAUGGCACAAUAGAAAUGGAAGGCUUGAAUCAUAGAAAAUGGAGGACAGCUGUGUUAAACACUUGCAUCAGCAACACAUUUGCACUUUUUUUUUUUCUUUUUUACCCUCUCUGUUGUUGUUGUGCCGGCAGAUGUGACUUAGAGUGCUCUCACGCACGCACGCUAGCCGGGGUCAUCCUCCGAGCACACAUGGCCCAGCAUCACAUGACACCAACGAAGAGACCACUUACCCAAACAAAGGCACAUACCAGUUGUUUUUCUUUUUGCACAGACCUCCCCUCUUCCCACUGAGAUCCAUCCUUUAAGCUCCACCCCUAAAAGUACAAUCCCCGCAGUCAUAAUGUUGCACAGUAGAUCCCUGCUAUUUGUGGGGGUUACCUUCCAAGACCACCCUCAAAAAAACACGGAAUGAUGGACACACCCAUAAAAAGUACUGUUAUUGGUACUCUCAACCAUAACAGUUUUGAAUGUAUUUUAUAUUCGGUUUUACACAUUUAAAAACCCCCAACAGUGUUGUU